GUAUUGACUGCGAUGUCUUCACAUUACGUGACGUUUUAAUCGUAGCCCUGAUUAGUGAACAACACUUACACUCACAGUGUUAUUGAGUUAAAGUGAUAAACAAGUCGUUCAGUCAUUUGAAGUGUUUUCUCGAUAUCUCGAGACUUGAAGAUUACAACCGAUUAUCAAAUGUUGAGAAAUAUUUAAUACUUGACUUGUUUUCGACAAACACUGCAUUGUAUUGAAGACUUGAAUUGCAUAUUAUCUGCGCUUUUAUAACACACUUUGCAUUCAUUUGAUUUGAUUGGCAGUCAAAUAGACGUAAAAUGACUACAACUGAGGAAAUGUGGAAAACAUUGUAUGCAUUGAUUCCCAUCACUGCGAAGACAUCGCACCUCAAGGCUCUUGUGCUGACGUAUGGACACCAAGUGGUCAUCGGAAGGGAUAUCACAUGCGAUCUGCAGAUCAACUCAUUGGAGAUCUCGCGAAGACAUGCCAUUCUCAAGAGUGAGGACAACAACUGGUUUAUCACUGAUUUGGAGAGCACAAAUGGUUUGUAUAUAAACGGCAAACCAGUCAUCGCUUUCUCUCCUUAUUGUCUCGCAAUUGGCGACAAAAUAUCGUUCGGACCGUCGGAUCAGUCGAAAGUGGUCUUUGAGUUCGUCGACGACUACUGUCUGUCGCAAAGGCGAGCCGUGAAGACACCGAAACGCAAACUCUUCGACCUGAACAACGAAAACAGGGAUCAAUUGGCGGUGAAACGGGCGCGCAAUGAAUGGCAACAACUGUUUGACUCUGAGCUCAGUUGUGCCAUAUGUCACGAGUUGUUUAUCACUGCCGUGAGUCUCAACUGUUCCCACACUUUCUGCCAGUCGUGUAUCGAGGAGUGGAAGCACUCCAAUGACAACAAACACCACUCAUCGGACGGCUCUGAUGAUGAAGAGGACGAGUUGGACAUUCGUGUCAUCAAUAAUGACAGUCAUUGCUGUCCCGUCUGUCGACAAACGAUUGUCUCUCAAAAUCGGGUGCUUGUGUUGGACAAUACCAUCGAUUAUAUCCUUCAGAAAUGGAGUCCAAAACUACAAGAAGAGGAGAAAGAAGAGGAAAAGGAUGAAGAAGUGUCCGAAGAAGAGGAAGAAUCUGAAGAAUACAACGUCGGAGGUUAUCAUUGCGUUCAAAUUGGUGACACUUUUCGCCGGAAACGAUAUCUAGUGAUCCGAAAGCUGGGUUUUGGUGCGUUCAGCACAGUCUGGCUCUGUUUGGACAAAAAAUCCGAUGAAUACGUGGCCAUAAAAGUCGUCAAAAGUAAAAAAUGUUUCCAAGAGUCAGCUCAGGAGGAGAUCGACAUAUUAUCACGGAUUCAGAGCUCAGACCCCAAUGUUGAACGAGUGGUCACUUUUAUUGACUCUUUUAAAAUACGUGGACCUAAUGGCAAACAUGUUUGUUUGGUGUUUGAAGUAUUGGGAGAUUCAUUGAUGAAAUUCAUGAAUACUUCACACAAACACGGAAUUCCUCUCAAUAUUCUGAAGACAAUUAUUCGUCAAGUAUUGGAGGGAUUGGUUUAUUUGCACACAAAAUGUAUGCUAAUCCAUACGGAUCUUAAACCCGAGAAUGUUCUGUUGACUAUCAAUGAAAGCCAAAUCGGAAGAAUGCACUCAGAAGUGGUUGAUAUGAUUGGCGGCGAAAAGCCACUGCCGACCAGUUUUGUUUCAACCGCUUCCGCCAAACUCAUCAAGAAAUGUGAUAUAUAUUUCAAAUACGAUCGACAAAAAUGUCUUAAGAAUGUGGUUAAAUUGAACUCUAAAACUCGCAACAACUUCAUUCAUAACACAAUAAGUGGUGAAGAGAAUUUGAGUGAAAUAUCAAUUAAAAUCGCUGACUUAGGAAAUGCAUGUUAUUUGUAUGAGACCCACAACUCAACCAUUCAGACCCGACCCUAUCGCUCACCUGAAGUCAUAUUAGGCGCUGGUUUUAGUCCGACUGCAGACAUUUGGUCUGUCGGUUGUAUGGCCUUUGAAUUAGCGACCGGAGACAUACUGUUUGAUUCCCACGAAACGGUCCGUAUGUCCCGCAAUGCCAACCAUCUGAAGAAAAUCAUUGAGCACUUGGGUCCCAUUCCCAAGUCAUGUAGAAAAGGGAAGUAUUAUAACAAGUAUUGCACCCGAAGUGGUCGAGUGAUUGGUUGCAAACGUAAAUCACAAUACAUUAUCCAAUCAAUUGACAAAUUACUCGUCGAUGAGUAUGAAUGGGAUUCAACAGAGGCUCAGAAAUUUGCUGAUUUCUUGCUGCCGAUGCUUAGAAUCGAUUCCGGCAUAAGAACCACAGCCUCUGAAUGUUUGCGUCAUCCGUGGCUCAACAGCUGA